AUGACACUUAAUACCCAGCAGGAAGCGAAGACCACCCUGCGCCGUAGAGCCAGCACUCCAUUACCCCUGUCAUCCCGCGGGCAGCAGCCUGGCCGCCUGUGCACAGCACCCCCUCCUCAAUCCCAUCAUCCCCGAUUGGGUCAGUCAGCUUCCCUCAACCCUCCCAUUCGAAAACCCUCUCCAGCCCAGGAUGGGUGGUCCUCUGAAUCCAGCGACUCUGAAGGCUCUUGGGAGGCCCUCUACCGAGUGGUGCUGCUAGGAGACCCCGGCGUUGGGAAGACCAGCCUGGCCAGCCUCUUCGCAGGGAAGCAAGAGCGGGACCUUCAUGAACAGAUGGGAGAUGUGUACGAGAGAACACUAUCGGUGGAUGGAGAGGACACCACCCUGGUCGUCAUGGACACCUGGGAGGCCGAGAAACUGGAUGAAAGCUGGAGCCGGGAGUCGUGCCUGCAGGCAGGGAGCGCCUACAUCGUCGUCUACUCCAUCGCAGAUCGCAGCAGCUUCGAGAGCGCUUCAGAGCUCCGCAUCCAGCUGAGGCGCACGCAUCGGGCCGACCACGUGCCCAUCAUCCUGGUGGGCAACAAGGCAGACCUGGCCCGCUGCCGGGAGGUCUCGGUAGAAGAGGGCCGCGCCUGCGCAGUGGUGUUCGACUGCAAGUUCAUCGAGACUUCAGCCACUCUGCAGCACAAUGUGAUGGAGCUCUUUGAGGGCGUGGUGCGCCAACUGCGCCUGCGCCGCCAGGACAGCAUGGCCUCAGAGGCACCAUCACCGCGACGACGGGCCAGCCUGGGCCAGCGUGCCCGCCGCUUCCUGGCGCGCCUGACAGCACGCAGCACACAACGCCGGGCACUCAAGGCCCGCUCCAAGUCCUGCCACAACCUGGCUGUGCUCUGA